GUUAAGGUUAAGUGGAAUAAAGAGGUGUUUUCUGACGUGGAGUUGACGACCGAAGAGUCGCCGGUUGUCUUCAAAGCCCAGUUGUUUGCGUUGACCGGCGUUCACACCGACCGACAGAAACUGCUCUUCAAGGGCUCCACCGUUAAGGACGACCACUGGAACAACAUUCAGAUCAAAGAUGGCAUUACGUUUCUAUUGAUGGGAACCAAAGAAGAACUGCCGGAAGCGCCUAAAGAACAGGUGAAGUUCGUGGAGGACAUGAAUGAGCACGAGUUGGCCAACGCUCUGGAACUGCCGGCCGGUCUCACGAAUCUGGGAAACACUUGUUAUAUGAACGCAACUGUUCAGUGCCUCAGAACUGUUCCCGAACUCAUUGAAUGUCUUAAGAACUAUUCAGGGCGUCUGACAAUAACCGACGGCUCUCUGGAGGCGUCGCAAAGUUUGACGAUUGCAUUGCGAGAUCUGUACGAAGCGAUGGACAAGUCGGCAAAGAUCGCGCCCUUAAUUCUGCUACAAGUGCUUCAUAUGGCGUUCCCUCGGUUUGCAGAGAAGGGCGAGGGAGGGGUUUAUAUACAACAGGACGCCAACGAGUGCUGGACUGAACUCAUUCGUAUGCUUCAGCAAAAGCUCCGCAUAAACACCGGUUCUGGCAAUAACUUCAUUGACCAGUACUUUAGCGGAAGCUUUGAUGUGGAGAUGAAGUGCAUUGAAUGCGAAGACGAACCGCCGGUCCAUUCGACAGAGAAUUUUCUCCAAUUGAGUUGUUUUAUAUCUACGGAUGUCAAGUAUUUACAAUCGGGUCUUAAAUUGAGACUAAAGGAGACGAUUGAGAAGUAUUCGCCGACUUUAGACAAGAACGCGAAAUACGAGAAAAUAAGUACAAUAAGCCGUUUGCCGGCAUAUCUUGCCAUUCAAUUCGUCAGAUUUGAAUACAAAGAGAGGGGUUCUGUGAACGCGAAGAUUCUCAAAGACAUUAAGUUUACGCUCAGUUUAGAUGUGUUUGAGUUGUGUUCGCCCCAACUCCAGGAGAAGUUGAUUCCCAUUCGUCACAAAUUCAAGGAAAUGGCCGAUAAAAAGCUCGAAGAAACCGCAACGAAGACCAAACUGACCGCUCAAACCGACGACGAAUCGAAACCCAAACACAAGCAUAACUACUCAUUCGAUGGCGACAUCGGCUCUAAUAAUAGCGGCUUUUAUGAGUUGCAGGCAGUGCUCACACAUAAGGGACGGUCCAGUUCUAGCGGUCAUUACGUCGGUUGGAUCAGACGGAAAGAGGAUGAGUGGUUCCAAUGCGAUGACGACACCGUCGCUCCUGUCAAGGCUGAUGAUAUCCUUAGGCUAUCGGGUGGAGGUGACUGGCACUGCGCUUAUGUCCUAUUGUAUGGCCCAAGGAUUCUGACAAGUGAUGAGCCCAUAAAUCCUACUGACAUCCAGACUGUCCGCCAAUAGUCUCUCAUUUAAAUAAAC